CUCUGAGCGUCAGUCCCGAGGGAAGCAGACUUCGAGCUCAGAGGGAGAGACGAGAGAGGAUGGAAAAGAGAAAAUGGCAACGAUGGUUUGUAGGGCAGGCUUUUUGCUAAGAGGUGGGAGGUGAAGGAAAGACACAUAACAGGCAAAAAGACAGAAAAAGAGUAAAAGAAAGUGAGAACAAAUAGAAGGGAAACAGGAGGUGUGGAAAAGAGAGCAACAGAAGCAGCUAAAGGUUGACGUGUUACCAUGACAACAGAAGCGGGCUCUGAGACAGAGGUGAAGGAGAAAGCAGAGGAGUCAGCCGCUCAGCCAGAGCAGUCGGAGAAGCCCGCAGAAGAAACCAAGGAAGUAACCAACGCUGAGGGAGAGGAGAAGAAGGAAGAGAAGGAGAAAGAGGGGAAAGAGGGGAAGGGAAUAGCUCGCUACCUGCCAACAUGGCUUAAGAAGCAGAAGUCUCAGAGCCAGACCUCCCCAACUAAGGAGGUCCCACCCGCAGAGGAAGCUGUUAGCAAGGUGACACAGGAAGAGGACGGGCCUGCCCCAGAGGUGAACGGUCACGCAGAGGAAGUAGAAGAGAAGGAGGCAGUCAAGUCGGAGGAAGUCAAGGAAAAAGAAGCUGAGUCUCAAUCCACCACCAGUGCAGACACUGAGCCUGCCAAAGAGGAGAAAGUGGAAGAGACUGCUGAGAAAAGUCCUGAAGAGGCAACCGUGACAACAGAGGGAGAGGGAGCAGAGGAGCAGAAGAAGGAGCAGGAAGAAAAGGUGGAAGGUGAAGAAGAGGGAGGAGGAGGAGGAGGACAGACCUCGAUUUUCCAGUCUCCUCUGCGUCUGGUGAGGAAGAACAAGAUGAAGCUGGUGGUGUGUCAUGUGACCCUCCUGGACGGGACCGACUUCUCCUGCGAGGUCGAGAAACGUGCCAAGGGCCAGUACCUGUUCUUUAAGGUGUGUGAGCACCUGAACCUAAUGGAGAAAGACUACUUUGGACUCACAUACGUGGACAACCAUGAACAGAAGUGUUGGUUGGAUCCCACCAAGGAAAUCAAGAGACAGAUACGCAGCAACAACUGGCAGUUUGCAUUCAACGUCAAGUUCUACCCUCCCGACCCCUCACUGCUCACUGAAGACAUUACCAGGUACCUGUUGUGUCUGCAGCUCCGUGAAGAUGUGGCUUCUGGACGGCUGCCUUGCUCAUUUGUCACUCACGCUCUGCUGGGGUCAUACACACUGCAGGCAGAAUUCGGUGACUAUGAACCCGACCAGCCUCGGCUUCUGGACGUCAGUCAGCUGACCUUUGCACCCAAUCAGAACAAAGAGAUGGAGGAGAAGAUUCUUGAGCUCCACAAAUCUCACAGGGGAAUGACACCAGCACAGGCCGAUGCCCAGUUUCUAGAAAAUGCCAAGAAGCUGUCCAUGUACGGGGUGGACCUGCACCAUGCUAAGGACUCUGAGGGCGUGGACAUCAUGCUGGGUGUGUGCGCCAACGGGCUCCUGGUUUACAAAGACAGGCUUCGGAUAAAUCGCUUCGCUUGGCCUAAAAUACUCAAGAUCUCAUACAAGAGGAACAACUUCUACAUCAAGAUCAGACCAGGAGAGACGGAGCAGUUUGAGAGCACGGUGGGAUUCAAACUCCAGAAUCAUCGAUCUGCCAAAAGGUUGUGGAAAGUCUGCGUGGAGAAUCACAGUUUCUUCAGGUUAAACGCACCAGAACCUCCCACCAAGGCCCGCUUCUUGACUCUGGGCUCCAAGUUCCGUUACAGCGGGCGAACCCAGGCCCAGACCCGCUUGGCCAGCUCCCUCAUAGACCGACCUGCACCCAGCUUCGAACGCACCUCAUCCAAACGUAUCAGCCGCAGUCUGGACGGAGCACCAGUGAUCAGCAUAACUGAAGCCACAUCUGAGAACGGACGUGAGCCCCACCUGGAGCUCCACUCUGACUCUAAGGUUAAGGAGGUGGACUUAAGCCCUGGUGAUGCUGAAGCCACGCCCACCCAGCAGUCACCUGGAGCCAGUGAGCUCGCCCCCUCUCAGGACCAUGAUAAGACCCAAGAAGACGUUCUCAAACACCAAGCUAGCAUUAGCCAGCUUAAACGCUCCUUUAUGGAGGCGCCACCUCCCUCUCCUCCUCAACCCAACCAGUGGGAGAAACGUCUCACCUCCUCUCCCGCUACAACGAUACGUAUCCAACAGCAACAGCAAGUGAGCCUUGAAGAGGAGAUAGCUUCUGUACUUUUCAGUAGACACUCUGGCACUGGCUUUUGUUCAGCUGCAUCUCCCUGCAGUGCUCCCGAACCAACGCUAGAUGCUGAUAUAACCACAUCUACUCCUACUGCUUCCACUGCUGUCUCCAGGGCCGCUGCUACACACGGGCUUCUUUUUUCCCCAGCUGCUACCCUCUCUGCUAUCGAGGAGAGCGCGCCCCAAACGGAAGCAGCUGCUGCCGAUAACACGAUCUCUGAUACCAAAGAACCUGCAAAGACAACCGAAGUUGAAAUCGAGGAAACUGUUGUCGUCCAAGAGGUUUCUGUAGCACCCAAACCUGGACUUGUCACGGUCACAGCCAGCUCCCCUGCUGGCCCACCCGCAGAGCAGGAAACAAGAGAGCAGGAAGUGACGGUUGCAGAGGAAGUAGUGGUAGCGGAGGAAGGGAAAGCGGCGAAGCAGGAGAGCAUUUCAUCCGAGAGUGAGAGUGAAGAGGAAGCAGAGUACCAUCCAAAUGUGUCCGUAUCCAUCUGCCACACAAAAAUACCAGAGGAGAAGGAAGAGGAGGAAGAGCAGGAGGAGAAAGAGGAGGGUAAGACGGCGGAGCAGGACAUGACAGCUCCAGACGCUCCUUCCCUUCCAGCUGAAAUCAGCCAACCUGUAGAGGCAACCAGUCUAGAGGCAGAGGAGUCCAGGAAAGAGGAGGCAGAGAAGAAGGAGAGCACAGAGGAGAAGAAAGAAGCUGAAAGGGAGAUGGAGGAAAGCACAGAUGAUCCAAUGGUGACACCUGAGGAAGCUCCUAAUGGUCACACCCUGCCUGAGGAGAGCGUCACCAGCACGGUUGCCCCUGCAGAGGAAGAGGAAGAGCCUAAAAUGAACGGAGAGGCUUCUCUGGUUGAAGCAGAGCCACGGCCGCAGGUUAUUUGUUGCUCUGAGCCACCUGUGGUAAAGACAGAAAUGGUGACUAUAUCAGACACGUUUGCAGCCCAGAAAACUGAGAUAGCUACAAAAGAAGUGCCCAUCGUACAUACGGAAACCAAGACCAUCACAUACGAAGCUGCACAGUUGGAUGGUAACGGCGAUGGCGAGCCUGGAGUGUUGAUGACUGCUCAGACAAUCACCUCUGAAUCUCUGUGUACUACCACAACCACACACAUUACCAAGACGUUAAAGGGCGGCCUAUCAGAGACAAGGAUCGAGAAACGUAUCGUCAUCACCGGGGACUGUGACAUCGACCACGACCAGGCACUGGCCCAGGCCAUAAAGGAGGCCAAAGAGCAACAUCCUGACAUGUCUGUUACCAGAGUGGUGGUUCAUAAAGAAACUGAACUGGCUGAGGAGGAGGAUUGACUGAACUCAGAGCUGAAGAGCCCAUCGUGAGUGUUAUUUCUGUUGAACGACCUCCAUCACCCUACGACAACCGACCUUGACUGACUGAAGACGAGAGGAGCUGAAAGCAGAAGGAGAAGAAGGGGAGAAAGGGGGGAGCAGACAGAUGAAGAGAAGUUGCCAAUCUCUUCCCAGUCGGUUUUUUUCUUACAUGUCUGUGGUGUGUUUAAAUCCCUCACUCCAAAACCAAGUAAAGAAAAACAUCCUCGUAUUUCCGCGGGGACAAAAAAGAACCACUUUGUUAGCUUAACAUUUGUAGCGUGUUUUUAUUUUUUAAUAGUGCUUUUUUUUUUUUCUUUUAACUGUUUUACAAAAAGAGAGAUAGUGUGUAUGUCACAUAUUGAAAACGUAAAAGCUGCGGGAUGCACUGAUAACCACUCCUGAUGAGAUACAAGGCUGAAAAUGAUGAUUAUUGCACUGAUUAUUUCACCAGUAGCAGUGACCUUCAGUAACUAUUCACUUACUCACGAGUCAGAGUAAAGAUAGAUAAAAAGAUAACGACCAUCUUAAAUAGAGAACGCUUUUUAUCUUCAUCUUUUUUUGUAAAAUAACGCUGAGAUUUUCAUAUUUUUUGUUCUGUAUCAGCAGAGGGGAAGUGGUAUUGGUGCAUUCCUAAAAAAAAAUUAAUAAAAAAAAAGUGAUUUGUUAAAUUACAGCUCCCUCACUUCGUUAUGGAGAAAUAAUAUAACACAGUAAUUUCAAUUUUUUUACAGUAACGAGUAGGACUGCAGAAACCAGGAGGACACAACCUCUUUAUGUUUUUUACUUUUUCAAAGUGUAACAAAAUGAAACAGUCUUACUCAUUAAACACGUUCACAUCAGAUGAAUGGGAGCCAUGUCACAUGAUCACGUUAUGUUACUAAACAAUGACAGAACACAGGGAGCUGUAACUUAAAAUAUUGCAGUAAAAAAAAAAACAAUCAACCAGGUUUUUGAAUUUUUAUGAUCUGUCUUUUUUUUCUGUAAGUAUAGUUAUGAUUCAUCCACAUUCCUUGUGUGUUGACCGGCGGCUGAGUGAGAUCAUUUUCAGUUCACUUCACUUUGUACUCAACUCUGAGAAGAAAAGACUGUUCACCCUUUACAGUCGGUGGGAACGGAAGGAAUCUUUAUUGGAUCACAUUAACUAAGCAGGAGAAGCCAAACGAUGCAGGUGAAUAUAAUUCCUAGUGUUUCACUGUAUUUUAGAAUUCACUUUUACUAAAUGGACUGAAAAUGAGCUGACUUUAAAGCUGGUGUAUACAACUCUCUGUACAGUAAAGAUGAAGGUUAUUAGAUGGGAGCAGUAAUGCAGCUUGUCGUUAGCUAAGCGCUCUCCCUGGGCCCGCCCACUGUACGACACUAGCCAUUCCUGUUGGGUCACAGGGAAGUAAGGGAGCAGUAAACUGACCUUUGAUUGGGAGAGAGGACCAGUAAACUGGAGGAUGAUUGGGAGAUAUCGGCGGCACUGUGUGGUGCCAACUAACACCUUUGGGAGUUAAAAAAGAAUUGAUGCAUGUUGGCCUCACUCUACGGCAAGUUUCACUCACGUUAUUUUGCAUUCGGCAGCGAGUUAAAGCUGUUUUAAUAUUCUUAGGACAAUACUUAAAGGGUAAGUUUGGUGUUUUUCAACCUUGACUCUUUCCUCCCUUGUUUUUGUGUCUAAGUGACGAAUGGAGACGGAGAGGUUUGAGAUUGGUCCAGUGUUGAGCGAGAGGGCUGCUGUUGGCAGCUGCAAACAGGUUGCAAUGUAACAACAUGGGGCAACUGUGCGCUGUCAAUGUACGUCCACUAAAAUUGCUUGCUUUUGCCGCUCACAGGCACAGAUUGUUAUUCUGACAACUUAUGGAAAGGAUCCCCACAGAGAUAGAGCUUUUUGUUAAAGCAUAAACAGCCCCAAGAAUCACUCAAGCCAAACCCACCAGACUCCAUUCAGAUAAACAUUCUAGUGUUAAUCACGUUAGCAUGUUCUCACAUCUAACUGGGAGAAUGAAGGGUUUAUUUCAGCCAAACCAGACAAACCAAGACAGGUUUAGAGAGUUUUAUUUUGUAUCUGUCGACUUAAGCUGAAGACACACUGAGGCACGGCGCCCCCUAACUCACACCGGACACAUUGCACUGCAACUUGUUAACAGACUGCUACACAAAGUUAAUUCUGCUGAAAGAUCUGUGCCUCUUUCACCUCUGCGUUAGCUUUAAAUCACGUGUGGAGACCCCCGAAUUAAACUUGAUUUCUCACUGAAGAGCGAUGGAGUGAUGACUCACCAGGCAAUAUCUUUUUGGCCACUGCCUUUAAAAUGAUGGGAUCAUGGGUCGUUUAGUUGGGGAUAUUUCUCAACCUCAACAAUCAGUCUCUCGUCAUCUAGUCUUUGUCCCACAGGAGACAGCAGAGAGUUCUCUUUAUGAAUCGAUGGUGUGGAGACAAGUCGAGCUGCCGUAGGAGCAGAGAAAAAGAGCUGCAACAGGAGCCGGUACAUACAAGCCGAGAGUGAGUGGGGAAAAAUGCUUUUAAUUCUGGGGUUGGCGAGGCUGGAAACAGGACAGUGGCGGCGUGUCCAGAAGCGCUGACAGGUGUCUAGCCGCCGUUAGUGUGGGGUGCAUUGAAAAUAAUAGGGGCAUAGUUGUUGAUGCAUGGCGUUCACUGUCGGUGUGUUUUGGCCUUUAGAGUAAAGUGUGUUUCACGAUGAUGAAAUGACUGUUUAUUAAAAUGGAGUCUUUUGGGGGUUAGUGAUGAUGAUUACAGGUUGAACUGAAAUGAUCUUACACUUCAGCAUAAAGCUCUAUCUCUGUAGGGAUCCUUUCCAUAAGUUGUCAGACACUAAUAAUCUGAGCCUGUCAGUGGCAAAACAAGCACUUUCAGUGGACAUGAAUUGACGGUGCACAAUUGCCCCAAGCGAUUACAUUGCAGCCUGAUUUGCCGCUGUCUGCUGCAGUGCUCUCACUCAACACUGGACCAGUUUCAAAAGCUGUUGUCUCCAUUCGUCACUCAGGCACAAUAGCAUGGAAAAAAAGCUCAGAUUGAAAAAUACCAAACGUACCCUUUAACACACAAUCUGCAAUUGAAGCACAGGCACCAAAAUGAGGACAUACAGUCGGAACAAGUUGAAAAACAGUUCUGUCCCAUAUUCAUAACAACGGAGUUUCUACCAGUUUGCUAACUCUGCAUCAGAGCCUGUUUGUCGUCAUAGCUCAGCACUUAGUUUCACUCCCAGCUUCUUUUCUCAUACCAGAGUAGAUAAUGAGAACAACCCUGUUAGAUAGAAUGAGAUCUGGGAAUAAAUUCAGCAUGGUUCACACAUUUUUUAUCUUGAGCGAGUCUAGAUGGAAGGCUACUGUGUUGAUUGGUUUGAGAGUGUGUAGAUAAGAGAUGAUUUGGGCUCAUACAGUACGUCUAGAGGAGAUAAUCUUUGACCUGAUGCUGGCUGCGUUGUAACUGUUUCACCGCAACCAAAUCUUAUCAGCAUUAAAUUGAUUUUUUUAUGUUUUUGAGCUGUUUCAAAAUACAUUGUAUUCCACUCUAUUUUAACAGAAAGCAGGAACAUGAAUCUGCCAGUGAACUACGAACAGACAUGGAAACAGUUACAACACAACAGCCAAAUGCAGCUGAAAGGGAAGCGUGUCUGAGGGUUUGAAGUGCUCUUGAAACCCCUAAAUGGAAUCUCGUGAUGUUUUAUUCAUUGUUUCGGUGUCCUUUUACCCAAAUGUUCCACAAAAAUGUGACUUUGUGUAAAUAUUGGUGGCAUUAAACGGGUUAGAACAAGAACGCAUUUUAGUCAACACAGAUUUUCAGUGUGAGCUGUGAAAACAAGAACACGGUCUGUUGAGAUUGAACAGAUUGUGAGUGAAGAAGUGCCACAGAUUGAUGAUAAAAAACAUUCCACCUGUACCUGCCUAGAUUUGUCUUAACCCUCCAGUCUGACUGGACCUGAAUGCGGAUUUAAUUGGAGUCAUUUAUUAACAUACAAUCUCCACAUUUAAAAUACGUGCCUCUUAAUUUAUCGCCAGUUUAGGACUUCCUGUCUGGCCUGAGGCACGUCCAGAUGAUGGAGCGGUAUCGACCGUCUAGGCUUUUUAUUGGGAAACACUGGUCUGACCUCUACUAUGCAGUUAAAUGACAUUCCAGACGAGAGGAAAGAAAGCUUUAACCUCUAACCCUCUUGCAAAGCAGCAGAAAAACUUUAACAGAUAAAACAGUGCAACACUUGGCAGCUUUGGAAGCUUUUGCUGUUCCAAAAAAAAAGACAAAAAAACAACUUUUAAAAACCAUAUUUGUAGAUUUUCUCAGCAUUUGUCGUCUUUUCUCUGUGAAACUGAUCAAGUCGUUGAAAGGUGGGAUUUAUUGUGCGCCCUCUUGGAUAUUUGUAAUAUUGUCACAGUGUUUUUGACAUUGAAGGAACCACCACUAUAAAGCAAAUUUUUCUGCCACCAUUUCUUUUUUGUACUUUCGGCCCCCCUGUGUUUUCCGGGGGGUCUGGGCUCUGUUUUAACCAAUCACAGGAGCUUUGGGGCGCUGCCAGGUCUGGUUUUCCAAAAAUGUCGGUAGCACAAAAUUUUAUUUGAGGUUAAUCCUAAAGUGCGAUCACACAGGAACGUCUCGCCAUCACUAACUUUGAUUAAAAUUGAAAAAAACAGCACAGAUAAAAUGUUGGAAGCUCUGUUACCAUGACAACGUAAACAUUCUAAAUGGGCCUCCUUUGUAUUUCCUGUUGUGAUGUUUGUUGUUUCAGUAGCUGACAGGAAGUAAACAGAGACCAAAGUGGUUGCCACAGCAACGGAACAGCAACUGAUGAUGAUUCUACGCCAGCUGAUUUUAAGACUGUCAGGGAUGUCAACACCACAGAGGGCGAACACCAUCAAUAUACUGCCGUUAAAUCUAAUUAACAUGUAGCUGUUUGAAAAUACAGAUAAUAAUUUGACUGGUUUCUUCACAGUUGUGUCUCAGGCUUUGCAGCACAGAUGAGUGACAGUUGAUACCAGCACCUUUUUGUACUUUGACACCGACAGAAACUUUGUAAAGGAACAUUUUUGGAAAACCGACCCCAGCUGCCUCUUCGCUCCGUCUUUAGCCAACCAAUGAUCACUGGUAGGGUUUUUCUAUCUAGCAGCUUAACUGUCUUGUGUCUCUCCCCACACACAGCCACUCCUCCCCCGUGUAACACUGUUUAAAUAAAGGAUUGUUAUACUCUGA